AUGUGUAAGUGUGUUGAGUGUCCCUGUUCCAACCAUCUCUUAAGAGAUGGUUGGAAACAGGGAGGAAGAAGACAGGGGUACGGGAUACCGCCGUGGCUAUCCGAUCAGCACUUGUUUGUGGUUACACGGUGUAAACCGUCAAGUAGACCGAGGCCAGGCACUCUUCCUUGUGCCUUCCUUGUGCUCGGUGGGAUGGCCAGAGACGAUAUUGUUUCCUGCCGCGGCCAUUCUUGCUCGCCGGACAUUCUCACUCACCGGAGGUACGACAGUCAGAAACACCUUGCAACCUUUGGCUUGAUCCCGCGGUUGUAG